CCACGCCCCCAAAAUACCCAAAAAACGUACUAGAACGUGGGCUAAUCGAUGUUAUUUGGUACUCGAACCAUCAUUUAGGUCGUAAGAAAUUAUCCGUUAACCACUCCCUUCGCAAACAUACGGCUCAAAAACUAAAUGACGCUGGUGUGGAUAUCCAAGCUGCUAUGAAUAUUACGAAGCAUUGUACUAAUAAUGACAAUAAUGCAGGCGAUAAAGUUAACUAUGAAAAUAUAGAAGCUGCCGACAAUUGUGACAAUGAAAAUAUUGAUAAAAAUUAUGCCGAUAAUGAUAAAAACGAAGAAACAACUCAAGAAGAUACCGCUCAAGGAUUUCGUUCUAAU